AAGUAAAUACAACAAGUUUUCUGAAGCGAUUGCAGUUGGAUUAUCAAAUGCAAGUUAAUAACACCGUAUCACAAUGCAGCUCUUCGCCGCAUGAGCAGCAGGAACUGCAUUUGCCGCUUCAAAAUUCCCAUUCAUUAGCUAAAGCCAGUUCCACUUAUUUCGAAUCAAGUCAUUUAUGGCCACAGCAAAUGCAUUUUCAAAAUUACCAACAUUUAACGAAACCAACUUCUGAGUAUCGACAACAGCAGAAACAUCAACGGCAAUACGAUGAAACAAUAAAUAAAAAAGCAGUUAAUAGUAAAAUAAAGAAUUUCCAUGUUAGCGUCAACAAUAGUAAUAAAAAUAAUGGAAUACCUAAUGCUUGUGAUAGCGAAAACUAUGUGAAGCUUAUGAGGGCAACAGCUGAUCAAGAAGAACAAGAUUCGGAGGAACUCUCAUCGAAAUUCGAAUCAGAGUGUACGUCGAUUCUAAGCGAACCUUAUGGAGAAAGUGAUGAAGAAGUUUUGUGCGAUGGUUUCGAGCCUGUAAAUAUUUACAGUAUUAAAGACGACAAACAGGUGCCAGAACAAUACGUUACUCGAACGAAUAUGACUCCCUCAUAUACCACCACAGAUGGUUGUAGUAAUAUUGGACAUCAUCGACAGAACACUGGUUGUAGUGAGGAGGGAAACACAGAAGCUUUUGAUGUAAAUACGUACACGGCACAACAACAACAUCGAAAUUGUCAAAGAGAACACCACACUUGCGAUAUGACUAAAAUAAAUUCACAAGUUGAUGAUACCGAGCAUGCCACUUAUAUCUUUCAAGAGGACGAAUCGAUGCCGGAAAGAACUGAAAACGAUACACUCAGAAUAUCUGGUUGUCAGCCUUCCACUAAACACGCAUUGAAACAUAAUACACGAGAGCUCUGUUUGGCGGCAUCAUCGCCACCUUCCUCGGUUGACGAAGAUAUCAAUGACAGCAGCAGUCAGCACUCAAACGCCAUUGGAAUGGACGACAUCAAUUCUUUGGCUAAUCCCGUUGACCAAAUAACAUAUAUGCACUACCAACCUAGAGAUGUCAGUGAAGGAAGCAGGAGCCGCAGCAGAGGUAGUAGCGAUAGCAAUCAGAACAGCACAGUUGACAACGGCACUGAUAACAGUAGUAUUACCAAAAGAAAUAUAUGCCCAAAUGGUAAUAGUAGGCAAAAAAUAAGGGGAAUGACACCUCCGAUCAUUGCACAAUACCACAUGCAGUGCGAACUCAUACCAAAAACGGCGCAAUCAUCCAGUUUAUAUCACGGGGCCGCUAAACCGGUGAACAAUAUGACUUCACCCUCAUUUUACCAAGAGCAGCAACCGCAACGGCAACAGCAACAUAAACAUUCUUUGAGACUAAGUACAAUCACUUUAUCGUCGCCUAUAUUAACACUGCCGCUGCCGCCCCCACCACCAACAAUGUCAAUGACGACUUUGUCGUCUGCAUCAGUGCCUCCAACAACUGGCGAACCAACGACGCUCCAUGAAACAGUAGCAGCUACUGCAUCGCUCGAACAAGCGUCCGCUUGCAAUGCCGCUGCAGCCGUGGCAGUAGCAACUGCGGCAGCAGCUGCAAGCAGUGGCAGCAUCAAUAGUGCGCCGAUGACGCAAAACUUUGGAAGCCUGUUAGAUGCAAUUAGCGGCAACAGUGGCUGCAGUAACGAUAAUAGUGAUCCAAACGUCAUUGCCACAAAUUCUACCCCUUCUGGUAGCAACACAAGCACAUACAGCCAAAAUAAGUACUAUCACCCGCUAUUUGCGCAAGGAAUUUGCCAUUGGCCGGGCUGUGAACUAGCUCUUAAUGACUUCACUGCUUUCGUUAAGCAUCUGAACACUGAGCAUAAUUUGGACGAGAGGUCUACAGCACAGGCGCGAGUACAAAUGCAAGUCGUAUCACAACUGGAAAUUCAUUUGCAAAAGGAACGUGAUCGAUUGCAAGCUAUGAUGCAUCAUCUGUAUUUAACUAAACAUCUUCUGGAUCCCGAUAAGAUAGACUUAAAGGUAAAUAAACUGUUCAAGGGUUAA